AUGGCCAAAUCAAAAAAUCAUACUAAUCAUAAUCAGAAUAGAAAGGCACACAGAAAUGGAAUUAAGAAACCAAAGUCUCAUAAAUUUAUGUCACGUAAAGGGUUGGAUCCAAAAUUCUUUAAAAAUCAGAAAUACUGUUUAAAAGGAAUGAUUAAAAAAAAACAAGAAUUAAGAGAAAAAGAAAAAGAACAAAAACAAAAAAAAUGA